CCCCGACUUCAUCUCCACUAAAUCCGACUUUAGCCUUCCUUUUCUCGACCUUGACUCAUAGCCUUACAUCCUACACAUAAUGAUCUCAUAUUUUCAUGCAGGGAUUAUUCUGUUUUAACACGAUCAUUAUCGCCUCACACAUAUUAUUCUUCUAGUGGGAUAUAAACUAAGGUCGUCGCCACGAAUGGCUUCAUGAAACCGUUGGAAGCUAUACCCGUUUUUAUUAUUAUUAUUAUUACUGGUCAACUCGCACGAAUUUCACGGAGUCGUUCUCUACUUUUCCUUUUUCCCUUUACAAAAAGUCUCUCUUUAAUUCAUAUUUUGCCACGCAGCACCGCAUACGCAUAAGCGCUGCUUACAAAUUUUCAUAUCUACAAGUCGUUGAUUUUCGCAUCUUUCAAAGCCGCUGUAUUUCAAAAAGCGCAUAACGAGACGGUUUCUUUUAGUACCUGGUUACCUAGAUUACGCCAUAAUAGGCCUAUCUAAGUUAACGACCACGGGCAGUUCAACUAUGGAGGGUUCACAACCAUCCGAACCACAACAAAAUCCCACCCCAAGAAAUCGCAAUCAUCGGCCUCGGGGUGGUAGAACAUCCGGUAAUCGUGGGAGCCGUGGAGGCCGUGGAGGGCGCGGCAACCGAGGUCACCAUGGCCAGCAAGGCGUCGAGAGGAACGAGGCAUCACCAGCAAAUCCCGAAGUCUCCACUGCUUCUCCAGCUACGGCGCCUUCAAAUGCCAAUAGUCGCGGCGGUGGUGGUCGAAGGGCAUCCAGGGGUCAAAGGAGAGGACGUGGUGAAAAUGUCCAGAGAGCAACGAUGUCAAGACCUCGAAACUUUGGUGGACACCUAACAACUAACAAUGAGGAACCCGGUGCAGCGAAUUCAACAUCUUUAAACGCCGAUGUUGCGGAGUUUGUUCCACGCCAACCGUUAGCUGACGUAAAUAACAGCAUAGUCAUAAAACCACAGGCCAAGAGCAGUGGUGGCAGAAAAGCUUCAAAAUCUAGUGCUUUGGAUCUAACUACGCGCAUUUCUGAGGAUAUCAGCAACGGUCAAUACGAAUGCGUUAUUUGCACGAAUGAGGUGUUGCGGAACUCGAAGGUCUGGUCAUGUUCGAUAUGUUGGACCGCAACGCAUAUGGGCUGCGUUAAAAAAUGGUUCUCCAAUCGGACAAUUAAUUCGGACCAGAUCAACUGGAGGUGUCCGGGAUGCAAUUCCCCUUUGACAGAUGAACCUACCACGUAUCAUUGUUGGUGUGGUAAGGAAAUCAACCCUCAACCUAUACCUGGGCUUGGUCCCCAUAGUUGCGGUCAAACGUGCUCAAAACCUAGAGCGACUUGUCCUCAUCCAUGUCCCAUCGAAUGCCAUCCCGGCCCUUGUCCGCCUUGUCAGCUUAUGGGGCCGACGCAAUCCUGUUUCUGUGGUAAACUGACGUCUACAAAGCGCUGUGGUGAAACAGAUUAUGUUAACGGAUGGAGUUGCCACGGGGUUUGUGGAGAUCUACUUCCCUGUGGAGAGCAUGAGUGCCAAAGGGAGUGCCAUUCCGGCCUCUGUGGCGCUUGUGAUAUUCCCGUCCUAUCUCUCUGCUAUUGUGGGCGAGAGUCUAAGAAUAUCCCUUGUGAUCAGCGUGGUGAUAAACGAGAAUCUUAUAACCACGGCCAAGUCAAGGUCGAAGAAGAUAUUGCGAAGAGCGAGGACUUACCCGAGCAUUGGUACUGGGGUAGUUUUGAGUGCGAUGCUUUCUGCGGCAGGUACUUCGAUUGCCAAAAGCACCGUUGUCAGCGGAGAUGUCACCCUCAAGAUGAGAACGAUGAGCAUUGUCCGUUUUCUCCUGAUUUGAUUACUCAUUGCCCGUGUGGGAAAACACCACUGGUUGAUAUAUUGGAUCAGCCAAGGGAAAGUUGCGACGACCCGAUCCCUAAUUGCGGAAAAAUAUGCAAUAAAUUAUUGUCGUGCGGGCAUUUUUGCCGCGACACAUGUCAUGCUGGGUCUUGUGCUCCAUGUAUGCAGACGAUGGAAAUCAGCUGUAGAUGUGGCCGGACAAAGACGACCUCAAUAUGCCACCAAGGAAUGAUUGCGACUCCAGAAUGCAUGAGAAUAUGUCGUGUUCAGCUUAAUUGUGGGAGGCAUGAACAUGGCGAGCAUUGCUGCCCCGGAGAAAAGAAGGCGAUGGAACGUGCAGCCGCUAGACGAAAGAAUAGGAACGCUGGUCCGACAGUUAAUGAAGUGGAAGCGGAGCAUAUCUGUACUCGCCCCUGUGGUCGAGCUCUUAAAUGCGGAAAGCAUCAAUGUCAACAGAUGUGCCACAAGGGACCCUGUUCUUCAUGUCCCGAAGCUAUUUUCGAGGAAAUUAGCUGCAACUGUGGUAGGACGGUCCUCCAACCGCCGCAACCCUGUGGUACCCAGGCGCCAGAAUGUCGCUUCGACUGUACCAGGCCUCGCCCGUGUGGCCACCCCCAAGUUUCCCAUAAUUGUCAUACCGAUGAAGACUCUUGUCCAAAGUGUCCGUUCCUUGUUGAGAAGCGGUGCAUAUGCGGCAAGAAAGCACUGAAGAACCAGCCAUGCUGGUUCGAAGAGCCGCGUUGUGGCUUACCCUGCGGAAAGAAACUUAAGUGUGGUGCUCACACGUGUAAGAAAACCUGCCACCGUUUAGGCGAGUGUGAAGACGCCGAUAUCCCAGGGUCUCGAUGUGGACAGUCCUGCGGUAAAAAACGAACUUGUGGUCAUCUUGACAUCGAACAGUGCCAUGCCCCAUACCCGUGCAAGGAGGAGAAACCCUGCCAAGCGAAAACAUUUAUCACUUGCGAUUGUCAACGGAAAAAACAAGAAGUUAGGUGCAUGGCAACCAAGCGUAAUUCGUCACCCCAACGGGAUACUAUCAAGUGCGACGACGAAUGUCUUCGCUUACAGCGAAAUGCUCUCUUAGCAAAUGCCCUCAACAUCGACCCCCUUACUCAUACGGAUGAUCACGUACCAUACUCUAACACGACUAUAAAGCUUUACAAGGAUGAUCCGCAGUUUGCUCAGACUUACGAGCAAGAAUUCCGCAUCUUCGCAGCAGACCAGACACGAAAGUUUUACCGGUUCAAGCCAAUGAAAUCUCAGCAGCGAGCGUUUCUUCACUCCCUUGCAGAGGAUUUUGGAUUUGACAGUGAAAGCGCCGACCCAGAGCCUCACCGGCAUGUAUGUCUCUUCAAGACACCGCGGUUUGUGUCGGCGCCUAUGAAAUCGCUCGCACAAUGUAUAAAGAACAAGCCUCUAGCACAAGCUCCGCCUCCGAAACCGUCGACGCCGGCUAAUGAGGACAUCUCAAUGAAGCAGCCUUUUAACGCUCUGCUUUUGACAGCGCCACAGUUUGGAUUGACCAUCGAGGAGCUUAAUUCGGCGCUUCAGCGAGAGUACACUGCCUACCCCGAUAUAAAGUUCGAAACGAGUUUCUUACCAUCCAACGAGGUGGUUAUCAAAGGUUCUGGCCCGCUAGCGCCGCAAAGUCUGGAGUCUUCGCUUUCUUCCCUCAAACCCAGUCUAUCAGCCAAGGUCACAAGCUCGGGAUUUGCCAGCAGUGUUUCCCUGUGCCACGUUGACGAGCACUUGAAUGUAUUGCGGAACGAAAAGGAUACUCAAAGGAAAGGAAACGAGGGUUGGAGUUCGGUUAUGCGCCGCUCCGCCCGCCCGAAGCCAGCUGCUGUCCCGGCUGCUUCAGACAUGCCGCGCAGGGCCGGAUUUGUCGCUUUAAGGAGAGAGCCGAAGAAGAAGAUUGAGGAACAGCCUGUCGAGGAGGAUUGGGAGACGGCGGCUGAGAAGUUAGACGAGGCGUGAAAGCGUUGUUAUGUGUAAGGUAUAUAACGUGAAUGAUACCCCUUAAAAGAGUAGUUCAUCAUCCAUGGUCUUACAAUAAGUAGUGAUGGCAAAUUAAAAUUAUGAAUACCUACUUACCUUCUAGUAAUAUC